AUGAGAUGCUCUGAUUUCUGGAUCGACUUCUCCCUCUUCGACGACGGCCUCGACGCCGCCACCGCCGCCGCAGCAGCAGCAGCAGCCGCAGCCGACACCCUUCCGCGCUUCCACCGCUUCCCGGACCUGCCCCCGGAGAUCCGCCUCAAGAUCUGGUCCUACCUCGUCGCCCCCCGCGUCGUCGCCGCCUGCUGCUUCGAGCGCGACGACCGUCUGCCCGCCCGCUCCGUCCCCGCCCCCUGCAAGCCCUCUUCGUCGUCGUCGUCGUCGUCGUCGCCAGCGUGCCCGGAGGCGGUGGCGGCGGCGGGGCCCAUGGUCUUCAACCCCACCUGUCCCGUCCUCCUCCUCGUCUGCCGCGAGUCCCGCGCCCUGGGCCUCGCGCACUACGAGCUCGCCUUCUCCUGGCGCGUCCCGGCCCCUCUCGCCGCCGUCGUCGCCCGCCCGCCCCGCGCCUGGUUCAACUUCCGCCUCGACGCGCUCUACCUCGCCGGCGCCCUCGACCCCCGCGACCGCUACGGCUUCGACACCCCCGUCGUCCGCUUCCUGCGCCCCCGCGACGCCCGCCGCGUCCGCCGUCUCGCCUGCGCCUUCUCCGCCCUGCGGUACCCCGAGCGCGGGCCCGACCCGGCCUUCGGCUGCCUGUGGCACGUCAUCGACCGCUUCCCCCGCGCCCGCCGCCUCGUGCUCGCCGUCGCGCCCCGCGACGAGGAGGCCAUGGGCCCGUGUCGGCCGCUGACCACCACCGCCGCCGCCGUCGACGACGACGACGACCAUGACCAUGUCAACAGCAACGUCGUGCGGCAGGUCUGGGACGGCUGGGUCCGCGGCACGACCGUCACGACCGCCCGCGUCGCCGACACCCAGGUCCUGCUGGUCAGGGAGGCCGACCUGGCCGACGUCAUGGCGUCCCACGCCCAGGAGGACGAGGGCGAGCGGAGGAGGGGGGCGAGGCAGGUCGCGGUGUGA